GUCAACUCGAUAGACAGCUACGACACGGCGGAUGUCCUGUACUCCUCAAUUCUCGCUUAAGACGACUGACAGACAACGCAAUGAGUUUGAACUCAAUUGCACUGAAAGAGGACACCGAGAGCUCACUUUUAGGACAUCCACUCGACGUAUAUCUCCUCAUCAGACGAAUGGCUAUCGACUGGAAAGAAGUGAACGAUUUGUUGCGAACCAAAGACCAGCGCUUAAGUGAUGUCCAAAUCAGACAAAUCGGUGGUCACCCUAACCAUACAAAUGCAUUGAAUGUCACGUUUGAUUCGCAAUCAGUGUAUAGUAGUCAUGAGUUUAUCACUAAUAAGGAACUAAAAGACGCCGCGUUUGGAGUGAUAAGUCUCGUCAAUACUUAUGAUUUGGAUAUCAAGUCAUUAGCGAAUGGAUUCAUUAGAUCUAAGACCAGUUCCGGUGCUGAAGUGACUUCAAAUGGAAAUCAAUCCAAAUACGCUUUAAAUGCUUUCGACUGCUAUUUGAUAGGAAAACAAUCCUUUGAUAACAAGGAGUACUCGAAUGCAAAGCAAUGGUUGACAGAAGCGAUUGAUAGAUUGGAUGACAUGACCAGCGAUGAGAUAAUUGCAGACAUUUUUAAUUAUCUGUCGUUUUGUGAACUGAAAAGUGGAAAACCAAGUGAAGCCAAAAAAUAUAAGAGACUGUCGGCCGCUAUAAAGCCAGACAUCGAGACAAAUGAAUUGAUAUCAGAGAUCAAAGAGUUUAACAUUAAUGACACGAAUACCACUUUUUCUGGUCUCAAAGAUAAACCUAUUUUU